AUAACCAUUUUGAGCCUUUUUCUCAAUAUUCUGCACUUUUCUCAAAUAUGUUGCCUCACCCUUACGCAACGAGCGCGGAUCAUGGUGCACCUCGAGCAUCCGAUUUUCCGAUUGACGGAAUGAGAUGUAACACCUUCCUCGUCGCUCUCUGUUCUUCAUACCGUCCGACAAAAAUGAUCCAACAAAAAGUUUUGUUGAUGAUUUUCAUAUAUGCAUUAUAUGUGUAGCAAAUAUCUAGUUGGGGCAGCUAGUUCUUCUGUAUAAGGUGAAUUUCUUCUUACAGCAAGGCUUGAACAGGCCUAUCUUUAUUUAUUUGAGAGUAAAUAUUUAUUCGGCGCAAUUCUAGAAACUAAGACUCAUAAAGUGUGCUGUUUCUUAUGCCUCGUAAUGAAACUCCAACCAAAGCUUAAUGUUCAUCAAAACUUUCAUUGACUUUUGCAAGUAUAUCAUAAUCUUACCACUUUUUGAACCCUGCCACGACCUAGUUGUAAUACUAUAAUGCAUUCUUAUCUUCCGUGAUCCGAUCGAAUCUGAAAGAAUAUUGAAGAACUGUUUAUGACGUGUUCUCGAUUAUCUUGACCAUGUUAUUCGACUGUAAACGUCACAGAAGUUCUGUCUCUUUGAUCGGUUUGAUGCAGAAUCUCAGCCCACCAGAAAAAAAUGUUUGCAUGUUGGACUAGUGUUUGUUCAGUAUCUCGUGAAAUUAUUGACUCUCCACUCUCAAUAUGUAGUUUUAUACAAUUGUUACUGCCACAACGUUACCUAACAAAUAUUUAGACAUACAAUCGAUAGUUAUUUGAACUUGGCGAUUUUCUCUCCGUCAAAGAACUUAUAUAUUGCAGUUUCAUUUUGAAUCUACAAAAGCCAUACGAAUUACAACAUGUUUUGCCAAAACCAACUAUCGAAACGAUUAUGUCGAUUCCUGAUCCCUCUUACCUUUCUCUUGAUUACUUUUACAGUUUUUAUCGAACGGUAUCCACGUGAAUCACAAUUGAGUUACGAUAAUUGGUCGAAUUACAUUAAAGAGGGUGGAAAAAAGUUUUACGUGCCAUAUAUAGCGUUGGGCAGCUACAACAAGGCAUGGUACCACACAGAGGAUAAACCGAGUCCUGUUAAUGGCCGAGCUAAGCAGACAGAUAAUCGACUGAUAAUGAUCACGCCAACUUACAACAGAUCCAGUCAGAUUCCAGAUCUACUGCGGACUAAACAGACUCUACAGCUAGUACCCAACUGUGACUGGAUUGUGGUUGAGGAUGCGAACCAGACCAACCCCUUGGUGCUAAGAUACCUGCAAGACUACUCCAGUGGCAAUCUUUUCUACAUACAUGCCUGGACAGAGCAAAAAUACAAACAGUUAAAAGGCAGAACACAAAGAAACACGGGAAUACGAUUUGUAGAAAAAUUAUACGCCAAAGCCGAGUCCGAAAAGACAAACCGCAACGAUAAAAAUCCAUUUCGAAGUGCAGUGGUGUACUUUGGCGACGAUGAUAACAGCUAUGAUUCGAAAUUUCUAAUUCUGUUGAAGGGGACCAAACGACUGUCACUAUUCAGUGUUGGACUCAUAGCGAGUACAGUGUUAGAAGGACCAAUAGCUGAAGAAAAUAAGAUAAUCGGUUUCCAGUCUUCGUGGUGGGCCCACCGUAAAUUCCCAAUAGACAUGGCAGGAUUCGCGAUCAAUGUGGGCUUCAUGCACGACAAAAACUACCCCAAGUUUGGAGCUAUCGCCGCGGGCUUCCAAGAAUCCAACUAUUUAGAGAAGUUCCAGCUCCAUCCUAGCAAGGCAGAGUACAUUCAUGGUGAGUUCGGGCUUCACGUCUGGCACACAAAAACAGUAGUUACAAAGGACAUUCACCAAGUACCCGUUCACUCUGUCUAUUUGAACGGAACAGUAGUCAACAACAGAGCUCACAAAACAUAGCUUUCUAUACAUUUAUAAUAAUAAUCUAUAGUUCUACUUCUCCAUAGAGGUGUAUUGAUAAAGUGAUUCAUUAACAGCUUUUUGUUGUUUGCAUCUAUAUUACUGGCUAUGAAAUUUAGUUUAA